CGGCUUCAUUCUGCUUCAUUCUACUUCAUUCCCCUUCCCCUUCCAACAAUCUCUUCCUGCUAGCAAACCCCUCCUCCUCUCAAGCACCAGCCAUCGAUCUCCAGAACAAUGGCCCCGCCACCACCCUUCAGCUUCCUCCCGCUCGGCGCCAUCAUCCAAUCCUUCCUCGUCGGCUCGACGAACAUCGUGCAAGGCUUCCCGUCGCAGGAGCACUAUAUCUCGCACAACACGCCCUUUUUCGGCGAGACGAUUGGAAGAGUAGCGAAUCGUAUCUCGGGCGCAACAAUCCAGUCUCUGAACAACCAGUCGUAUAAGUUAGAGGCAAAUAAUGGUGGGAAUGCCCUACACGGGGGUGUCAAGGGUUGGGGAAAGAGGGUUUGGGAUGGUCCGCAUCCGAUCGGGCUUAGAGAAAUUCAGGGUCUGGAAGGAAAGCUGGAUGGCGGUGAGAGUGUUAAAUUUACACUGAAGAGUGAACAUGGCGAGGAGGGAUAUCCAGGGACGGUGCAGGCAAGCGUCGUGUAUACGUCGGGGACACAGCGGAGCAAGGAGGGGAAAGAGGUUAGGGUCUUGGGGAUCGAAUAUGAGGUGCAGUUGGUGGGUGACGAAGUUGACGAAACGGUUGUCAAUGUUACGAACCAUUCCUAUUUCAAUCUUUCCGGCACCCCAACCAUCGCCGGGACCGAAGUCGCUCUUUGCACCUCCUCCUACCUCCCCGUCGACAGCGGUGGGAUUCCCACCUCCGUCCAAACCGCAACCUACCCCGGCAUAACCCCAAACACAGUAUUCACCCUUGGCCCCACCGAUCCCGACAUCGACGAUUGCUUCAUCGUCUCCCCAUCCGAAACCUCCUCCAUCCCUCUCGACACGCGCUCCUCGCGCCUCAACAAGCUAAUCUCGGCGUACCAUCCACAGACCAAGAUUCAUCUGGAAGUGCUGAGCACGGAACCGGCGUUUCAGUUCUACACAGGCAAGUAUAUCGAUGUCCCAGAGAUACAGUGGGAAGGGGGGAAGGUGGAGGCUCGGGGCCCGAGGAGUGGGUUUUGUGUGGAACCGAGUCGCUAUGUGAAUGCGGUCAAUGUGCCGCAGUGGAGGGACCAGGUGGUGUUAAAGAAAGGGGAGGUGUAUGGGAGUCGGAUUGUUUACAGAGGAUGGAGUGAUGAAUAAAACCUACGACAAUACAAAGGACAUGAAGGGAGAUAAGAUGAAAAGCUGAUAUGGAUAUAAUUUGGAAUUUUGAUGGCCAUUGGCAAUCUCCAAGCAUAUAACAGUAUUUUAAUUCCAAUAAUUGUUUCCAAAACGUGUAGGUAAGGUAAGGUAAGGUAG